UUGGAACCGCUCUCACCUUCUCAGGUUAGUCCGUUACUGGAUCUCCAAAGUGCGACUGUCAUCGUUAGACUGUUGGAAAGAUUCUAACUCGUCAUUAUGAGAGAAAUUGUACAUUUGCAGGCGGGCCAGUGCGGUAAUCAGAUUGGAGCCAAGUUCUGGGAGGUGAUAAGUGAUGAACAUGGCAUCGACCCGUCCGGGACAUACCACGGUGACAGCGACCUGCAACUGGAGCGAAUCAACGUCUACUAUAACGAAGCAACAGGUGGAAAGUAUGUCCCCCGUGCAGUUCUUGUUGAUUUGGAGCCAGGAACAAUGGACUCUGUAAGAUCUGGUCCAUUUGGUCAGAUUUUCAGACCAGACAACUUUGUUUUUGGUCAGAGUGGGGCAGGUAACAACUGGGCCAAAGGCCACUACACAGAAGGAGCUGAGCUGGUGGACUCUGUGCUGGAUGUGGUGAGAAAAGAGGCAGAGAGCUGUGACUGCUUACAGGGCUUUCAGCUCACACACUCUCUGGGAGGAGGCACAGGCUCUGGCAUGGGUACCCUACUAAUCAGCAAAAUCCGAGAAGAGUAUCCAGACCGUAUCAUGAACACUUUCAGCGUAGUGCCCUCACCUAAGGUGUCUGACACUGUGGUGGAGCCUUACAAUGCUACACUUUCCGUCCACCAGCUGGUCGAGAACACAGAUGAAACCUACUGCAUUGAUAAUGAGGCUCUGUAUGACAUCUGCUUUCGCACCCUGAAGCUCACUACACCAACAUAUGGAGACCUGAAUCAUCUAGUCUCUGCCACUAUGAGCGGCGUGACCACCUGCCUGCGUUUCCCUGGUCAGCUCAAUGCCGAUCUGAGGAAACUGGCUGUGAACAUGGUGCCAUUUCCUCGAUUGCACUUUUUCAUGCCAGGCUUUGCCCCCUUGACCAGCCGAGGCAGUCAGCAGUACAGGGCUUUGACCGUCCCUGAGCUUACGCAGCAGAUGUUUGAUGCCAAGAACAUGAUGGCGGCCUGUGAUCCUCGCCAUGGCCGGUACCUCACAGUAGCCGCCAUUUUCCGCGGCCGCAUGUCCAUGAAGGAGGUGGACGAGCAGAUGCUAAACGUGCAGAACAAGAACAGCAGCUACUUUGUGGAAUGGAUUCCCAACAACGUCAAAACUGCUGUGUGUGACAUCCCCCCUCGUGGCCUCAAAAUGGCUGCCACCUUCAUAGGAAACAGCACAGCCAUCCAGGAGCUGUUCAAACGUAUCUCUGAGCAGUUCACCGCGAUGUUCCGCCGCAAAGCUUUCCUUCACUGGUACACUGGAGAAGGCAUGGAUGAAAUGGAGUUCACCGAGGCAGAGAGCAACAUGAAUGACCUGGUGUCUGAGUACCAGCAGUACCAGGACGCCACCGCAGAGGAGGAGGGCGAGUUUGAAGAGGAGGAAGAAGAUAUGGCCUAAAUGUCUGUUUGAAUGUUUCUUAACUAUGCAAAAGUUAAUGCUGUUGAAGUUAGUUUUAACCCUCACGCUCUCCUCGGGGUCACAUUGACCCAAAGAUUUUUUUUUUCCUUCCCGCUCUCUUGGGGCGGGUCAGUCAGACCCAAAAAUUUAUUUUCAAAUAAAUUCUUGCCAGAAGAGAAAAUAAUAUUUUGGGUCUGAUUGACCCGCCCCAAGAGAGCGGGAAGGAAAAAAAUGUCUUUGGGUCAAUAUGACCCCGAGGAGAGCUUAAGAAAGUUCCCAGCCUUGACGAGAGUAUGCGUUCUUUCCACUCGUAUUUUUAAAUGUUUUCUUUUACUGUUCUUUCCAAAUAAAUGAUUUAAACUCUUGUCCUGUGUCUAACUUCAAAACAAUGCAUUUUAUAUUUACAAAGAUAUAACUUAAAAUAUUAAAUUAUAAAACUCAAUCAUGAUAUAUGCAUCAAAGGUAAAUUUCUUUGUACUAUUUUUACAGUGGAUACUUGCUGCUCACUUGUUUGAAUAAACUAUCAUGACUCUGA